UGAAAGUCCAUUUCCUAUAUAAAGGGUGGUUUUCUAGCACAACGACAGAAACCGAUCUAUUUUACUCACGCGCGAGUAUCAUUCACGCCAAAGUAUCAACAUGAAGGCUCUGAUUUGCCUGAUGCUGAUCUCCGUAGCAUUCGCCGAAGAAGAAAAAGCAAUAAAAAAACGUGGCUUGUCUCUGGGUGGAUGGGGAUAUGGUGAUGGACUUGAUGGUGGAUGGGGGGGAUAUGGCAAGGGCGUCGCUAUCGCCGUCCAGGAGAAGGCUGUCCCCGUCGCAGUUCCGCACCCAGUUCCCGUUGUAGUUGACCGUCCUUAUCCUGUUAAGGUUCCAGUUGCCGUCCCAGCGCCCUACCCAGUUGUUAAAACGCAAACAAUCACAGUUCCCGUAGAGAAGCCAGUUGCGGUCCCCGUUCCGGUGCCACAGCCCUACCCAGUUGUUCAAACGAAAACUGUCGCCGUUCCCGUAGAGAAGCCAUACCCAGUUACGGUUCCUGUCAAGGUGCCAGUACCAUAUCCCGCCCCAUACCCCGUUAAGGUUGCAGUAUCUCACCCAGUCCCAGUUGCAGUCCCACACCCAGUUCCAGUUGCGGUCCCGCAACCGGUCCUCGUCAAAGAAACGGUUCCCGUCUAUGUUAAGGGCCACUAUUAGAUGAAUUUUUUUCUCCAAAAAAAGUCACAUACACGUCACUCCGCUCCAUUUCGCGAACUUUUUUCCCAGCAGCGCAAAAUCCAUCACGACGAGCGUCCAAAUAGAAUGGACGCCUUUUGUCGUGCAGUACCUUGAAUUCAUGGAAUAAAUCAAUUUUGUAAAUGUUUUCAUAAAGAAA